AUGGAAUGGUCAACUACGAGCAACGUUGAAAACAUGAGAGUUGCUUUUAUGCCACUGCAGUGGCUGGAGUCUAACUCGUCCAAUUCUCUCCACAACUUCAGCUAUGAUCCUUAUGCAGGAGAUUCGUCUACGCAUGUCCUUACGCAAAUUGGACCGGUUGUCUCUGCAGUACCGGAAUCCUCAGAAAAGAUCACCAAUGCGUGCCAACGCCCAAGUAACGACAACGAGAUGACAAAGAAGAAAAAGAAGCUAACGAAUGAACAACUAGCUUCACUUGAACAGAGUUUUCAAGAAGAUAUCAAAUUAGAUUCAGACAGGAAGCUGAAGCUGUCAAAUGAGCUUAGUUUGCAGCCACGUCAGGUAGGUGUUUGGUUCCAGAACCGCCGUGCACGGUGGAAGGUAAAGCAUCUCGAGGAGUCGUACGACUCGCUAAAGAAAGAGUAUGACGUGGUUUCGAGACAGAAUCAAAUGCUACACGAUGAGGUGAUGAAGCUGAGAGGUAUAAUACUAAAAGACCAUUUGAUGAAGAGGCAAUCAUCAUCAAAUCUGAACAACAAUCAAAUCGUUGGAGGAAGUCAAAUUUACGGCACUGAUCAAUACAAUAACUCGACGUUUGUUACAUCUACUUGCUGGCCCCCGUUAUCAUCGCAACAGCCCUAUCCAUGGUAG